AUGCAGGGGUGCCAACGUCAGGAGACGGACCGCCUGCUGAGCACGGAGGAGAAUGGAAUCUUUCGGGGCCAGGACCCGUUCGGCCACGAACGACGGGAGGACAGUCUGCAAGGGCUCGAGACGACUCACCCGCGGCUCCGACGAGCGGAGGGACGACUGUUCAUGCGAUGCCCCGAAUGCAAGCUGGACAUCCUUCUCGAAAAGGGGGGGAUGUGUCCUGUGUCCACCUUGAGAAAGAGGAGGCGUAGAGAAGCGGGAGGAGAACCGGAUAUAAUAUCCGCAAGCGAAGCAAUGGGACUCACCGUAAUGAGAGGAAGAAGAGGAGCAAAAAAAACGUCAAAAGAGUAUGAGGAGGAGAAUAGCAAAGACUCUGAAGAUGAAAACUAUGAGGGAGAAUAUGAGGAAGAGGAGCCGGAGGAGAAAGUUCCAGCUCCAGGAGGGAAAAAAGGUGGCAAUUCAGCAAAAGAAGAGAAAUUAGCAACAAGCACAAAUGCAAGAGGAGGAGAAAAAGUUACAAGAGGGAAUGCAGGAGCAUCUACGACAGGAACUGCAGGAAGAACUACAGGCAGAGGAGAAAGGAAAGCUAUUGAAGGAACUACACCAGUCCAUGCUCCAGGAAAUGCAGGGAAAACUGGGGGAGGUGGAGGAGAGGGAAAAACGGUUCAGGGAACUACACCAGUUCAUGCUACAGGAAAUGCAGGGAAAACUGGGGGAGGUGGAGGAGAGGGAAAAACGGUUCAGGGAACUACACCAGUUCAUGCUACAGGAAAUGCAGGGAAAACUGGGGGAGGGGGAGGUGGAGGAGAGGGAAAAACGGUUCAGGGAACUACACCAGUUCAUGCUACAGGAAAUGCAGGGAAAACUGGGGGAGGUGGAGGUGGAGGAGAGGGAAAAACGGUUCAGGGAACUACACCAGUUCAUGCUACAGGAAAUGCAGGGAAAACUGGGGGAAGUGGAGGUGGAGGAGAGGGAAAAACGGUUCAGGGAACUACACCAGUCCAUGCUCCAGGUAAUGUAGGGAAAACUGAGGGAAGUGGAGGAGACGGAAAAACGGUUCAGGGAACUACACCAGUUCAUGCUUCAGGAAAUGCAGGGAAACUUGGGGGAAGUGAAGGAGGAGCGGGAAAAACGGUUCAGGGAACUACACCAGUGAAUGCUACAGGAAAUGCAGGGAAAACUGGGGGAGGUGGAGGUGGAGGAGAGGGAAAAACAGUUCAGGGAACUACACCAGUGAAUGCUACAGGAAAUGCAGGGACAACGAGUGCAGGUGGAGGAGGAGGGGAGGGAAAAGCUGUUCAGGGAAUUUCGAGCUCAACGCCAAUGCAUUUUGUUGAAAAUGCAGGAGGAAUUGAAGGAGUGUCAUUCCUAAACUGGAUUGCAAUUGGGGAACAUGUUGCUGGCGGAAGUUCAGGAAAAGGAGCUGGAGGAAAUGUUACUGGAGGUGCAGGGGGUGGUGUUGGAGGACAUACUGCUGGAGCAGGUUCAGGAGGAGGAUCUGGAGGACAUACUGCUGGAGCAGGUUCAGGAGGAGGAUCUGGAGGACAUACUGCUGGAGCAGUCCUCUGCCUGGCGGACGAGAGCACGGAGGAGAAUGGAAUCUUUCGGGGCCAGGACCCGUUCGGCCACGAACGACGGGAGGACAGUCUGCAAGGGCUCGAGACGACUCACCCGCGGCUCCGACGAGCGGAGGGACGACUGUUCAUGCGAUGCCCCGAAUGCAAGCUGGACAUCCUUCUCGAAAAGGGGGGGAUGUGUCCUGUGUCCACCUUGAGAAAGAGGAGGCGUAGAGAAGCGGGAGGAGAACCGGAUAUAAUAUCCGCAAGCGAAGCAAUGGGACUCAGAGUAGUGAGAGGAAGAAGAGGAGCAAAAAAAACAUCAAAAGAGUAUGAGGAGGAGAAUAGGAAAGACGCUGAUGAUGAAAACUAUGAGGGAGAAUAUGAGGAAGAGGAGCCGGAGGAGAAAGUUCAAGCUCCAGGAGGGAAAAAAAGUGGCAAUUCAGCAAAAGAAGAGAAAUUAGCAACAAGCACAAAUGCAAGAGGAGGAGAAAAAGAGCAUCUACGACAGGAACUGCAGGAAGAACUACAGGCAGAGGAGAAAGGAAAGCUGUUGAAGGAACUACACCAGUCCAUGCUCCAGGAAAUGCAGGGAAAACUGGGGGAGGUGGAGGAGAGGGAAAAACAGUUCAGGGAACUACACCAGUUCAUGCUACAGGAAAUGCAGGGAAAAGUGGGGGAGGUGGAGGUGGAGCAGAGGGAAAAACGGUUCAGGGAACUACACCAGUUCAUGCUACAGGAAAUGCAGGGAAAAGUGGGGGAGGUGGAGGUGGAGCAGAGGGAAAAACGGUUCAGGGAACUACACCAGUUCAUGCUACAGGAAAUGCAGGAAAAACUGGGGGAGGUGGAGGAGAGGGAAAAACGGUUCAGGGAACUACAACAGUGCAUGCUUCAGGAAAUGCAGGGAAACCUGGGGGAAGUGAAGGAGGAGAGGGAAAAACAGUUCAGGGAACUACACCAGUUCAUGCUACAGGAAAUGCAGGGAAAAGUGGGAGAGGUGGAGGUGGAGCAGAAGGAAAAACGGUUCAGGGAACUACACCAGUCCAUGCUCCAGGGAAAACUGAGGGAAGUGGAGGAGACGGAAAAACGGUUCAGGGAACUACAACAGUGCAUGCUUCAGGAAAUGCAGGGAAAACUGGGGGAAGUGAAGGAGGAGAAGGAAAAACGGUUCAGGGAACUACACCAGUGA